UUCCAUUCCGUGUAAAGAGAAGUUGAGAAUUAUUAAAUUUGACUUUUGUUGGUCCCAGAAUUGAACUUAAUUUCUUGAGCCGGAGCUCUGAAAUUCACAUAUUUUUUUGCGUAUUUAUUCAUUUAUUUAUUAUUAUUGUAUAGAUUGUGAAUCUCUAUAGAGUGGGAGGAGAUUAAGUGCAGUAAUAGGGAAAAGACAGAAAGAAAGAAAGAAGAGGAUUUUAUUUAUUGCAGAGAGAGAGAGAGAGAGAGAGAGAGAGAGCGAGAGAGAGAGGUGUGGGUUUGAAUUUGAUGGGGUUCUCUUCUCCUCCUUUACACGCUUUCUCUCUCUAGAAUGAUAUGUAUGAUGUUCCGUUUUCUCUCUCUAGACUUGUAUUGUGGUUGAUAUUGUGUUAUUAUGCGAGGAAGAUAUGAUUACACGAUCGCCUUUUUUUUGGGUGUGUGAAUGUAUGUGAACCUGUUUUUCUCAUCUCAUUCUAAAUAUACUACUUUUCUCUUCUUGGGGUCGGUCUCUCUCUCUCUCUCCCUCUCCCUCUCCCUCUCUUGUUGGAGGAGAAUUCAAGCGAAAAGAGAGAUGGGGGCAUGCGUUUCCCGUCCGGAUAACUGCGUGGGAGGUAAAUUCAGAGGUGCAAGAAGGAAGAAGAAUAGAAAGAGAAGAAAGGCUUCCUUGAAGAAGAGGGUCCCUUCUCAUUUGUCUGAUCGAUCUUCCGAUAUAGUUGAAAAGUUUGCGUCUUUGCCUGUGGAUCAUCCCUUCAACAAUCCCACUUUUCAUGGAAGUUCUGAGGAAGCAUGGUUCGAUUCUGCUGCUGUUCUUGAAUCUGAUUGGAGCGAUGAAGAUUUCCAGAGUAUUCCGGAUGAUGUGAUCUCUGUAAGCGGUUGUGAUGGAACAUCCGUAUCAGGUUCUGUUGAACAUCUUGAGAACUCAUCCUCUGCGAAUUCUCUCAGUGGAGCAGCUAGAAGCUCAGUUCACCCGAGCGAUUAUGAUUUUAAAGUGAAAUCUGAUGAACCGAUAAAUGGGAAGAAGCCUGUAUUUGUUGAUGAAAUCUCCUGCUCUGCUGGAGGUGAUGACGGCUUAUUGAACAAUUGUGGGAUUCUUCCGAAUAACUGUUUGCCUUGUCUAGCUUCGACUGUUCCCAUUGAGAAGAGACAAUCCCUGAGCUCUAGCCCUCCAAGUAUGAGGAAAAAGGCUGCGGUGAAACUGCCAUUCAAAUGGAAGGAAGGAAAUCCUACAGCCAAUUUUCUUUCUUCGAAGCCGCUCUUGCAAAGACCUAUAGCUGGUUCUCAAGUGCCAUUCUGUCCCUUAGGGAAGAGAGUUCCUGAUAGUUGGUCAGACGUUCAGCCGGGGACUUUCAGAGUUAGGGGAGUGAAUUAUUUAAGGGAUAAAAGGAAGGAGUUUGCUCCAAAUUGUGCCGCGUAUUAUCCCUUUGGUCUUGAUGUAUUUUUAUCUCAGAGAAAGAUUCAUCACAUUGGUCGAUUUGUGGAACUUCCUUUGAUUAAUUCUUUGGGGAAACUUCCACCCAUUCUUGUUGUAAAUGUUCAGAUACCACUAUAUCCUGCAGCAAUUUUUCAGGGUGAAACAGAUGGGGAAGGAAUAAGCUUUGUUUUGUAUUUUAAGCUUUCUGAAAGCUUUGCCAAGGACCUUCCAGCCCAUUUUCAAGAAAACAUUAAGAGGUUAAUUGAUGAUGAAGUAGAAAAAGUAAAAGGGUUUCGCACAGACACAGUUGUACCCUUCAGAGAAAGGUUAAAGAUAUUGGGUCGUGUGGUGAAUGUGGAUGACCUUCCUAUGAGUGCUGCAGAGAGGAAGCUCAUGCAUGCCUACAACGAGAAACCUGUGCUUUCCCGUCCUCAACACGAAUUCUAUGCUGGUGAAAAUUAUUUUGAAAUCGAUUUGGAUAUGCAUAGAUUCAGCUACAUUUCCAGAAAGGGUUUUGAAACAUUCUUGGAUAGGCUAAAGCUGUGUGUCUUGGAUUUUGGAUUAACAAUUCAGGAUAACAAAGCUGAAGAGUUGCCAGAGCAGAUUUUGUGUUGUAUACGGCUAAAUGAAAUCGAUUAUGUGAAUUAUCAACAACUUGGGUUUUGUGAAGAAACCCUUGAAUAGAUGUUCCCAAGUUGUAAGCAUCAAGAUAAUGAUGAAUUAAUCCAGUUCUUUUACAUGGAA